GGAACCUGAACUAAUAAAGGGCCCAGGCUUGGGCUUUGAUACUUUUGUUCCUUUUUUAAACGAAAAACGCGAAGGUCGGAACUAGGCCCGGUCCGGCCCAUGUACAACAGUAAACUCCGCUAAUUGGAGGGCCAUUGUCAUCAAAAACGGAGGCAAAUCAGCCUCCCGUAAGUCUCCUGCGGUUUUUUAUUUUAUUUGAGGGUUUAUUUCUCAUAGGAUCGCCCUCGUUUGCAAGGGAGAAAAAUCGCCGUCGCUGCUUAAUUAGUUGAGGGGUCUUCACUCUCUUCGAGCGAUUUCGAGGGUUUCUGGUUUGUGCUAACUUAAUGGAUGCCCAAGUGAAGCUUGCGGUUGUGGUUAAGGUCAUUGGCCGAACUGGGUCGAGAGGUCAGGUGACCCAAGUUAGGGUUAAGUUUCUGGACGACCAGAACCGGCUCAUCAUGAGGAAUGUGAAAGGGCCAGUGAGGGAGGGUGAUAUCCUCACCUUGCUCGAGUCUGAAAGAGAGGCUAGGAGGCUGCGCUGAUGCUGUUCCUUAUUGCAGGAGCUCUAUUAUGGCUUUUGGUGAUGCAUUGCUGCUAUAAUUGUUUUUCACAGUUGGUGUUUUGGAUUGUUAGAGCAAGUAUUCAAUACUAUGAGACUGCAAAGGUGCUAUUUUUUUUUUCCCCUCUCGUCUGAUUAAGAUUGAAAAGUUGUCUUGAA